GCGAUUGGCAAAAAGUCUGGCUCGCAAGUGACAAUCCACCAGAUCCAAAUUUCAACCGCAGCUCCGACCAUGAGGAUAUCGCCGUGCCGAUAAAAAAAAAAGAAAAAAGACCAGACACAGAACAGACACAAUCGCCAUCAUGAGUUCCAUGUUCAAGAAAAAGGCCGGCAUGGCUUUCAAGCCAAAAAUGCCCAUGGCCCGUCCUCGAGCGCCAGGAGCAGGAGCAGCGUCGCAGGCAUCAAGGGCCCCGUCGACGACUGCCGCCGCAACCGCAGCAGAGACUAGCACGAGCGAACCUACCGAGAAAGCAGCGCCGUCGACCGCCGAGAAACGAGCCGAUUCGAGAGAUGCGCCCGGAGAUGUGCCUACGAGUACCCCGCCAUCGACCGAGCCGAGAACGACCAAGGCUGCUACACCCCAGACACAACCCACGACGAGCAAGUCUUCUGCGAAGCCUGCUUCCACAGUGGAAAUAGCUGGAACAAAUCAGUCAACAGAGCCGCCAACGCAAAGCCGUCCGCAGCCACCGUCCGUGACGCCCGCUCCUGCUGUGGAGGCUAUCGUCAACGAGGCAUCGAUACCAGCCCAACUCCAGACUCCGCCCGCUACUGCUCCCUCGGCCGACGUAGUGCCUUCUACAGAGGGCGCUUCUCAAUCAGUGACAACGGACGGCACGUCAAAAACCUAUACCGUCAAGAAGGCACCUGCCAAGCGACCACGGAAACGAGCAACCCAGACGAGCGAGACUGCCGAAGAAGGCGAGGACAGUGCUGCGACACCGAAACCCAAAAGACAGCGAAAGCAGCCGGCAGAUGGGGAAGCCGCGCCGAAACGACCGCCUCGACCGAGAAAGAAGAAGACCACGGAGGAGGAGGAAGGUGAAACGGAUGCGGCUACUACUGCCAACAAGCCAGCACGACCUCGGCAAGCUCGCUCAGUGACGCCAGAAGAUGCGGAGGACCAGGAGGCCGACCUCACCACACUGACCAUGGGCGAUUUGACGCGAGACUUGCGCAUCGGCAAGAAGUUCAGCAGACACGACGAGCUCCUCCAGCGCCACCGCGAGAAGCAGGCAAAGUCCAGAGAGAGACUCAAGGCGAAGAGGAACGGCUCGGAGGAUGUGGCUUCAGAGAGCGGGACACCCGCACCGACGAGCGACAAGGCCACGCCGGCAGCCCCUCCAACGCCGAAACCGACCAGCAUGGCCUCCACUGGGCCUCAAUUCCAAAUCAUUGACGGACAGAUUGUGGUGGACCAGAACUCCCUCAGCCUCGACCGACACGCCAUCGCCGCCGCGGCCGCGGAGGGCGAGGACAUGCUCGAGAUUGAAGAAAACGACUUCACGACGCUGACGACGCAGAACAGCUACCGCACUGGCUCCAAGCUCAAGGGACCCAACGUAUGGAACGAGGAGGAGACGGAGCUGUUUUACCGCGGGCUGCGCAUGUUCGGCACCGACUUCCAGAUGAUCAGCGGCAUGUUCCCCGGCAAGAACCGGCGGCACGUCAAGAUGAAGUUCAACCGCGAGGAGCGCCACAGGCCCGCGCGCAUCGACGCCAUCCUCGUCGGCAAGAAGGAGCUACAGAUCGACCUAGAGGAGUACAAGACGUGGACAAAGGCCGAGUACGAGCCCGUCGAGGCCAUCAUGGCGGCGCAGCGCGCGCAGCAGGCCGAGUUCGACGCCGAGCAGGCCAAGAUCAAGGCGGCCAAAGACGCCAUCAAUGCCAGGAACCUCGCUUCGCUGCAGGACAAGCGCGAGGGCGGAGGGGAUGCCGAAGGCGAGGGUUCCGCAGCGGGUGCUGCAGGCGGCGGCGGUAGUGGUGGUGGUGGAAGCGGGGGCGUCAAGCCCAAGAGGCAGCAGGCCAACGUCGGUCCUCAGAUCACGGUUGACGCGGACGGCAUGAUUACCAUUGACGAGACGAACAUGGACCCCGAUGCGGGACGCAAGAAGAGGGGCACGGGCAAGACGAAGAAGAAGGCCGUGGAGUACAACAUGCGCGGCGAGAUUAUUCACUGAGCACACGGAGGUGUAUACAUCACACACAAUGGGGGCCGGGGGCCAAGGUUCAUGGCAGUGUGGGCAGAGGGGCGAACGGCUGGCUUUCCCCCGGUCCUACCAGACAGAUACCCCUUUUUUUUUGCUAUUACACCAGGGGCCCUAUGGGCAAUGAGGCGGCGUUUGGUAUUCGAGUGGUUCUUUGUUUUUUUAUCGCAGCGAAAGGAACUCGAGAUUCAAGGCAAAAGGAACGGUUAGGGAACCAAGAUAACAUCGUCGUCUUAGAAAGCAAAUCCCAAAAAAUUCAAAUCACUUUAUAAAAACAUUGACGAAAGUAUCCUGCUUGUACUGUAAUAGUAUACCUUUCAGAUUGUAUCUGAUUGUAUCUGAUUGUAUCUGUAAACACCAUUCACGACAAACUCAACCCCAUCAUCGU